GUUGGUGGGAUACCAAUCAACUCCAACCCGAGCAACUCUCCAUUCCCAAUCAAUCCGUUUAUAAUGACGAAUCGAAUAAUGUUGGGAGCAAUUGCAGUAAUAGCUGCACUUAUUCCUGCGAGUUUAAGUUCACCUGUAGCGACCAGUCUACCAAAUAUCACAGCGAUUAUACCCACGAAUACAUCGACAAUAACAAAUGUCUCGGGAUUGACGCCAGAUCAAUCAGGAUCAGUUACCGAUUUGCAAGUACCAACGUCUCCGCUUGUGACAACUACAGUUGCACCUGUCACUUCAACCUCGGAUUCCAUUGGUCAUCCAGAUGAAAUCUACGGGCUUUCCGAAGAAUCAGCAUUUUUAUUUUUCAAUCCAUUACCUUUUCCCCUGAGAUUUUUUAUGGAACAACUAAUUCGUUUUCUUAAACAAAUACUCUCUCAAUUGGAUAAAAUCGCCGAUUAUUUCGACAAUCUCGAGUAAUGGACCAAUGCGCAAUUUUUGGAUGAUCGAAAUUAUGUGAAUCAAAUCUCUCAAAAUUUUUUAUUGUAAAGGUGGAAUGGUUUAUUUAAUUGGUACAAUAAUAAAGUAAAUGAACAGAUGUACUCCG